AUGAAAUUUCUUGAAGUCAACUCACUUGAAGUGAUUAAUACUGCUCUCAGUUGGGAAACAUCAGAAUGUAUACUCACUGGACGUGUUGAAGCAUAUUCUUGCAAAUCAGCUGGUACGGAUAAAAAGUUAUUCAAAACAUUAGAACAAAGAUACAACACAUUAGCACCUGGAUCUAUAUCUCCUGAUGACAUCCAAAUCGUUUCACCUUUUGGUAGACUGACAGAGUCUACACCAAGAAAGACCUUCUUUUAUUUAUUGGCAACGCUAAACGCGGCUUUCCCUGAUAACGAUUUUGAAAAUGUAAGGCCUGAUCAAUUUAUAAAGAUGCCAUCGAUAGAGAUGGUCAUGAAUUCUGUCAAUACAACUCUAUUUAAUCUGGGAAAUGAUGUCGUCGUGAACCAACUUUGGGAUGUAUUGGAUGAGAUUGUUCAGUUGAAUGAAUGUGAUGUGUAUACGUAUAAUCCAGAUGCAGAUGAUGAUCCUAUGAAUGAUGAAGAUGGAUACCUUUGGUCAGUAAAUUAUUUCUUUUUUAAUCGAAAAUUAAAACGCAUGAUUUUCUUUUCGAUUAAAAGUGAAAGGUAA